AUUCCGUAGUACUGUAUUUGGACUCUAAGUGCCGCUGUUCAACAUAUUAAGCAAGUGUGUUUUUAUCCCUCCCGUUAACAAAACCCAAAGCAAUGGCAUAAUUUCACACAUCAUAAACCGCUAACCUUGGAUGCUACGUAACAGAUAUCCAAAUAACGUUUACCUUCGUUAGUUUCUUUAAUCCACACGAAGACGCAAUUUGUUGGAAACAUAUAAUUCAUCGCACAUUUUCCUUUGAAUGCUUCUGCUCAGUCUUUGUUGAUCAAAAAUGGAGUCGGGAGGAAAAGGCUGGCGUUAUGGGUCGUUAUUCUUCUAUACAGCAUGUGCGUUGGCUUUAUUUUCCCCUCGCGUGACCGGACAGAUUCGUUAUUCUAUACCUGAGGAAAUGCCAGUGGGCUCGUUUGUUGGAAAUAUUGCCUCGGACCUUGGGCUUGAGCCGAAGAGACUGAUUUCAGGAAAAGCGCGUGUUUUCACCGCAGACAGCAGUGAGUACAUUGGACUGGAUAAGGAGAAUGGGCAUCUGGUUGUUAAAAACAAAAUAGACAGAGAAGAGCUAUGCGGAGAGAUAUCUGCCUGUAGUGUGAGUUUUGAUGUCAUUUUAGAAAAUCCAAUGGAGCUUUAUAGAGUUACAAUUGACAUACAAGACAUUAACGACAACAGUCCUGUUUUUCCGAAAUCUAGAAUUGAGCAAGAAAUCAGCGAAUUAGCGGUUCUAGGUGCGCGAUUUCCAUUAGAGAGCGCAAUAGAUCCAGAUGUGGGAGUGAACUCGCUACAGAAAUAUACUCUUCAACCCACCGAUCAUUUCAAGCUCGAUGUUCAGAAUGGUGAUGACGGUAGUAAAAACGUCGAGAUGGUUCUUCAUUCUCCUCUUGAUAGAGAAAAGAAGCAGCAUCAUAAUUUGAUUCUGACGGCUUUCGAUGGUGGAAAACCACAAAGGUCCGCAACUGUGCAGAUUAUUAUCAUUGUUCUAGAUGUCAAUGACAACGCUCCCGUGUUUACCCAGUCGUCUUAUAAAACAUCAGUUGUUGAAAAUGCUCCUAAAAGCACAAUCGUAACAAAAGUCAGUGCGACCGAUGCUGACGAGUCUAGUCACGGCAUUCAGUACUAUUUUGAGCACGCGACAUCUAUGGUGAAAGCUUUGUUCUCCAUCGAUGCGGAUUCUGGGGAGGUUAAAGUCAUAGGUGAUAUAGAUUAUGAAAAACACAAGCAGUUUAAAAUCAAAGUCAAAACUAAAGAUCACGGAGGUUUGACUGACUCGAGUGAGAUAAUAAUUGACGUCAUUGACGUAAACGAUAACACGCCCAAAAUUACAAUAAUGUCUUUUUCCAGUGCAGUAUCUGAAGACGCAGCACCUGGAACUGUUAUAGCAAUGAUAAAUGUUCAGGAUCUGGAUUCAGGUGACAACAGUAAGAUUACAUGUUCAAUUGAUUUAAACUCUCCAUUUAAAAUCGUAUCAUCAUUAACUAAUUAUUACAACCUGGUGACAGACUCAGAACUAGACAGGGAACAAACAGCAGAGUAUAAUAUCACUAUAACUGCUGUAGAUGGGGGAAAUCCACCUCUUUCAAGUAAAGACAUUUUGAACCUAAAGCUAUCUGAUGUGAAUGAUCACGCACCUCAGUUUGAGCAAGAAUCAUAUAAUGCCUUCAUAGCUGAAAAUAACCCUCCAUCUACAACUAUUCUGACUGUUAAAGCAAUCGACAUGGACUGGGGGCAAAAUGCGAAGAUUUCAUAUUUUCUUAUCGACAGAGAUUUGAAUGGAGUACCUCUGGCAUCAUACAUCUCUAUAAAUUCAGAGAGUGGAGUGAUAUAUUCAGAAAAAUCAUUUGAUUACGAACAACUGAAAUUAUUCAAAAUGCAAGUCAAAGCUCAAGAUGGGGGCUCACCCCUUUUAUCCAACAACGUGACUGUAAACAUUAUAAUCCAAGAUGAGAAUGACAACGCUCCUCAGGUUCUGUAUCCAGUACAGACUGGUGCUUCUGUGGUGGCUGAGAUUGUGCCUCGUGCUGCAGAUGUUGGAUAUCUGGUCACUAAAGUGGUGGCUGUUGAUGUGGACUCUGGACAGAAUGCCUGGCUCUCCUAUAAACUACAGAAAGCUACAGACAGAGCGCUGUUUGAAGUGGGUUUACAGAAUGGAGAAAUAAGAACUGUGCGACAAGUGACUGAUAAAGAUGCGGUCAAACAAAAACUGACUGUUGUUGUGGAGGAUAACGGACAGCCCUCUCGCUCAGCUGUGGUCUCCAUUAACGUGGCUGUGGCUGACAGCUUUCCUGAAGUGCUGUCAGAGUUCACAGACUUUACGCAUGAAAAACAAUAUAAUGACAGCCUGACUUUUUAUUUAAUCUUGGCUCUCACAGUGGUCUCCCUGCUUUUCAUAGUCUCAAUUAUAUCAAUCAUUUCAGUGAAAAUCUACAGAUGGAGGCAGAAUAAGCUAUUGUAUAAGUCUGGGGCAAAUCUACCUGUAAUUCCAUAUUACCCUCCAGUCUACUCAGACGGCACAUUGCAGCAUGUGUAUAAUUAUGAAAUGUGCGGGACAACUGAUUCAAGGAUGAGUGACAUGAAGUUUAUCAGGCCCUACAGUCAGAACACACUGGUGAGCCAGAGUCGUAUGGGAACAGUUCAGAGAGAAAAGAAGGAGCAGGAGGUUGAUGAUCUGACUUUAGAGCAAAAGCCGCCAAAUGCUGACUGGCGAUUUCCCCCAAACCAGAGGCCUGGACCUAGCGGCCAACACAGGUUCCACACCCUGCAGCAGAGAUGGACUCCAUACGAGAAGUCCAGGGCUGGAGCUCGUCCUGAUGAGGCAGGUGCCAGCGCUGGUGUGAUCGCAGGAACAGGACCGUGGCCCAACCCCCCUACCGAAGCUGAACAGCUCCAGGCUCUGAUGGCAGCAGCGAACGAAGCAAGUGAAGCCACUGCAACUCUCGGCCCUCGCUACAAUCCACAGUACGGCCCAGACUACCGCCAGAACGUCUACAUCCCUGGCAGCACCGCCACCCUGACGGCCAACCCUCAGCAGCAGGUACCCCAGCAGGCCCUUCCCCCUCCCCAAGCCCUUCCUCCCGUCGAAGUCCCCAAGGCAGCUCAGACGCCCGCUAGCAAGAAGAAGCCUACUAAGAAAGACAAGAAGUAAGACAGAAGCGUGGAAGCACUAUCAGAGCUGCAGAAAUAUGUCGCCAGGAUCUGAGCAUCUCUCCUCAAAAAACGAGUCCACAGGUUGGAUCUUUAGAUCUUUAGUCUUUAGAUUUAAUGUUCUUUUCUGUGAGGUUUUUAUUUGUUUGUUUUAGAUUUCCCUAUUUUUAUUGAUUGUAUUUUGAAUUAUAUUACAAUAUCUUACUCAAUAACCCCAAAAAUCAAGCAUUUCCUGUUUUGUCGAUGAAAGAAAGAAUGACUGAACAAGAGGAGAUGUGUUCAGAUUCCCGAAGCUCUUUCUGUGACAGAUAACACUGUCUUGUAAAUAGCAUUACUAAAACAAGAAGAAACUAUACAUUUCUUCUUUUAUUUUAUUUUAUUUUAUUUUUUUCCAAAUGUCAUGUUUCAGCCUUCUUUUUGUGUGUUUUUUUUAAAGCAAAGUAGAUGCUUCUUGUGGUUACAAAUUGAAACGCUGGUAGGCUUUUUAACAAUGUGCCACAACUCUCACCUUGACUGAAAAAAAAAAAAAAAAAAAAAAAAGAAAAGAGUAUUGAGCUGAACUAUGCAGUGAAAACGGGAUACUAAGAAAAAAAGAGGGCACAAGAAAGUAUAUUUAACUAGUUUUUUCGGAGUAAGAGAAUACAUUUGCGUUCGGUGAGACACUGUUGGCAUGGUUUUUAAAAAUAGAUUCAGUCUUCAUUAACUUCUUAAUAGUCAGUUAAGCAGAAACGAACAUUAGGUUAACAACAUUUGACUAUUCUUUGCAUUUAUUUCCUGUUAGCUGAGUAUAAGAAUCCUGGAAAUGCAAGUAAUGUAAACAGUGUUGUUGAAGCUCAGAAAAGAUCAUCUCAGCCUUUGUAAGGUUAAGAUCAGAGAAAGAUUUAGUUCAAAGUGAAUGCACUAAGAGUUAAUGGAAAACUUGAAGUGAACCAAAAAGAAAGAAACAAAUAAUGAACAUGUGGAAAGACUAAUGACUAACUUAAGUGCAACACUGUACUUGAAUGGACCUUAGAUGGAAGGAUUCUGUCCAUUGUUCUGCACCAACCACUACCACCACAGUGUAUAUAAAAUGUGUAACCUGUCUGUACAAACAUUAGAGCCACAAGGGCUGGCUGUUACAGGAAUGUUUCAGUAUUUUUUUUU